AACUGACUGAGCCAUCCAGGCACCUUCAUUCUUUUUUUUUUUCAUACUGUCUUCGAAAUCCAGUGUGCAGUUUAAACUUACAGCACAUGUCAAUUCAGAUUAGUCACAUUCACAUGCUGCAAAGCUACAUGUGGCUACCAUGCUGGCUGAUGCAUGCCGUGGUUCCCCGUUGUCCCACUAAGAAUCCCAUGUAGCCUAUACAUGCACCCACACGUGCUCCCAUGCAUGCGUGCACGUGUGUGUGGAUACAGGGUUCCAACCAUGGAUUAACAUGUUUAACUGUCAUGUCUCAUUCAGGCUCUUCUCGUCUAGAACAGUACCCACUCCCCCUUUUGUUGAGCUUCUCUACCUUAAUAUAUUUGAAGAGUACAGGCAAGUACACUUUGUAGAAUGUCCUAGAUUUAGACAGGGGUUCCAAAUUUCUACGUUGACAGUAGAGCCUUGUUGAUCAGUUGGAAAUGAGAAAUGAGACAAAUAAAAGUCAAGGAUAAAUCCAAAAAUUUCAACCUGAACCACUGGAAGGAUUGGGCCCUGUCUUCUGAGAAGAGAAACUGACCAGGAGCUGGCGUAGAGCGGAAGACUGCCAAUCCUGAUUUGGACGUGUUAUACUUGAGGAGCCCUGUAGACAUACAAAUCGAUGGCUGUUUGUUGAUGUGAAAAGGAUCCAGUCGACAUGGAAAACCUGGUGAAGGCAAGAGAAGAACUGUCGGGCAAUCUCCGUGAGUGGGACAAGUCACUGCAAGAACGGAGACGGGUCCAGGACGGCUCGAGUCUAUGUGCACGUGCAUGGAUGGAGACAGGCGGAUGCAAUGAGAGGCAACCAUGCCUCACCAUUGACUGCUGCUAUUUUCUCAGCAAAAUAGGACCAACAUAGGACAUCCAUGAUGUGGAGGAAAACUCUGAUUCCAUGACAAAUAAGCAGAACAGGCAUGAUGCUGUGGAAGGAAAUUCAGAAUGGGUUGGAAUAAGCCAACGAGAGCAGGCUAGUCCCCAUAGAUCCUGUCCGAGCAAGGGGGCAGGGUCGGGAACGUGCCCAGUAUGUGUGAGGAGAAGCCAGUGUGGUCGAUGCUCAGAGUCCAUGGGCCAGAGGCAUGUAAGUGAACAUGGCUGAACCUGUAGAAGGCCUUCAAUGCCGGCCUGAAGAAUAUAGGCCUCCAUUGCUUGCCCCUGACUUGUGGAUUCCAUUCUCCAGUGUUGCUAAGAGACGUGUCCCAGAGUUCUAGACUGUUAACCUCGGCAGCCACAGCACACGUUUGACUGGAGCGCCGCUGGCCUGUCUCACGUGAUGUCUAAGACAUGUACUUACUGUGCGCAGUUUUGGACUCAGAUCCACCACUGUUUUGUGAGGCUGUACCAGUGCCUCCAGCAGUUCUGGAAUGUCACUGUGAAGCACUUUUUCAUUAAGAAGGAGGAAGAAGAAGAAAUCCCUUCGGUUGACAGGAUUUUUCACAAAGAAAAAUUUGUGGUGCUCGGUCGUAUAUUGAAGAAUCAAUCUCUAGCCAUUGAGAAGAGGGCUCAGGCUGCAUAUAGAAUUGGACUAUUGGCCUUCACAGGAGGACCUACUGCUGGGAAAUACGCAGAGGAGCACAUGAAAGAAGUAGCCAACUUGUUGCAAAAUCACAAGAUGGCUCCGAAAGUAAGGAUCCUGCUGCUCCAGAGCGUAGCCUGCUGGUGUUAUUUAAAUCCUGUCAGCCAGAGGAAAGCCAAGCAUUUCAAGUUUAUCCCUAUCCUCGCGGGGAUUUUUGAGGACACACUUGAUUCUAGCAGCAGAAGUGAAACCAACAGAAACCUCCUCGUUAAAUUCUGGGCUUGCUACGUUCUCUCUGUCAUGACCUGCAAUAACUUGCCUUGCAUUAAGGAGCUUAGAGACCACGCUACUCUGAAAAAUCAUUUGCAAAGGAUGGCGAGGGAAAACUGGGCUGGCUGGCCUGAGAAUUUCGCAGAGGUGCUAUGUUACCUCAAUGGUUUUCACUGGAAUUAAUUUUUGUAAAGAAAGCUACCGUUGCAUUAGCGUGGAAAACAGAAAUAAACAAUAACAAGUCGAGAUAGUA